AUGGAAGCAGGUGGUCUCGCAUUAGGGGCUGUCUCCCUUGUCAGCCUUAUCAAAGAUUGUGUCGAUCUCUACUCCAUGUUCAAAUCGGCACAGAACUUGGAUAAAGAUAUAGUCGCACUGGAGAUCAAGCUAGAAAUCGAGAAAACUUUGUUUUUCAAGUGGCCUGAGCGAGUUGGCUUGUUCAGGCAAGACCAAGAGGAGGCCAUAUUCAGCGAUGCACGAACUCGAGAUGUUGUCAUGGGCAUCUUGAAGAAGAUCCGCGAUUUAUUGAGUGAUGGAGACACAUUGCAAAACACCUAUGGAUUGCAGAGUAUCAUCUCUACAGAUAAAUGCGGCAACGACAUGCUAUCAAACGACAGUCCUACGUGUAUCAGCCAGUUUCGGCAAACACAACUAUUUGAGGACUUUCGGAGAUUGAACUUCAGAGACGCCUUUUCAGGAAAUCGUUCAUCAAAGCUUGUCAACAUUGCCAAGAAAGUCAACUGGGUUAUCGGCGACAAAGAAAAGUUCAAUCGUCUCAUUGCGGAUCUCUCAUACUUCAACAAAAGACUGAUCGAGUUGACUCCUGGAUCUACAUCUUUGGGCGCGGAAGAUCUUCAUCACAUUCGAAACAUCCCAAAAUUAGAUGAGAUCGUGGAAGCAUUACAAAGCAAUCAGUCUCAUCAAGAAAUAGUCAUCGAAGCCCGGUCGAACGCUAUACAGUCUCGCGUACUGGAUUGCCUCUGGUUCCGAUGGCAAGACGACCGAAGACUUACAGUCAAAGAAGCCCACGCAAAGACAUUCUCAUGGGUUCUCGACCCCGAAUCUGAGAAUGAAACAUGGGGCCAUCUUCCGACCUGGCUGAAAGGUGGCUCUGGGAUAUACUGGCUCCAAGGAAAGGCUGGAAGUGGGAAAUCGACAUUGAUGAAGUUUCUUCAUGACGAUGAGCGUACACAAGAGUAUCUCAAACUCUGGGCUGAUAAGUCGGAACUCAUAUUUGCAAGCUUCUUCUUCUAUGCCCAAGGCCAGUCUGAGCAGAAAUCCCAAGUUGGAUUGCUGAGGAGUCUCCUCCACCAGGUACUGAAUCACGAUCCUACUCUGACGAAAACUGUCCUUCCAAAUGCCUGGAGAGAGGCAUGUCGUGACUACCAGAGGAAGGCUGAAGAUCUAUCAAUACCUUCCGUGGCGGAAAUGACGAAGGCAUUGAAAGACAUAUGUAAAUUGUUCCAAGUCACCAAGAAGAUGUUUUUUCUUAUCGAUGGCUUAGACGAAUACGAAGGGGACGACAUCGAAGUCGCUGAAUUUAUCUCUGGACUUGGAGAAGUAUCGAAUGUCAAAGUACUCGUUUCAAGCAGACCCCACUCUACGUUCUUCAGAGCUUUCAGAGGAUCGCCCAGCAUGGACCUCCCACGAUUGACAAAGCGGGAUAUUGUUUCUUACAUUGAUGACACUGUUGCCUCUCACCCUUACAUGAAAGAUCUUUCUGUAAUGGAUCCGAAUGCAGCAAAUUCAAUAACCACGUCCCUCGUCGAAAGAGCUUCUGGCGUAUUCCUCUGGGUUGUCCUAGUCUGUCGAUCUGUUAUCGAGGGCUGUGAUGAACAUGAAGCAACUUCAGAUCUUCAAGCACGUGUUGACGAAUCUCCCAGAGAGGUGGAGGAGCUAUUGAAACGAAUCAUCGAGACAAUUCAACCACGCUGGGAAGAUGAAGCGAUGAAGAUCAUGCACCUCGUGUACACGAACCAAACUUGCCCAACUCUCCUUCCUAUAUUCGGUCUGCACCUUAUUUGCGAGCAAGGUUACAGCUCAGACAUACAUUCGUCAGAGAUCAAAGCCUGGGGGCCAUACACAAGAGAGGAAACCGAAUCGAGAUGCAGCAUAAUGGAAGCAAGGCUGCGAAGCAGAUGUCGUGGUCUCAUCGAAGUAAAACGUCUUUCGGAGAACCUGGACACGAUUACUUUGUCUUGUGCAAUCUUUGGUGUCAACUCGCCGCCACAUGCCAUCAAUACCAGUCAUGCAGACUACCGCAUGCUGAAAGCAAGCCCUGCUUACGGAUAG